AUGGUAAGUCAGGCGAUAGAAGGAGUCGAUCAACUACGAACUCAAUGGUAUUGGAAAUCAAAUUCUGAUCCAUGGUCAACAAAUGGAAAUGAAGAAUGGACAAAAUAUUCUGAUAUUGAAUCAGCGAUUAUCGAAGAAGUAUUUAAUCGAAAGAAUAAAACAAAACUAGCUGAACUGGAUAAUUAUUCGAUUAACUUAAACGAUUCCAUACAAAUCAGUAAAUUGGAUCCAAAUAAACAACGGCAAAUAAAACGGGUUCUGACUAGUAGAAAUGAAAGUCAAGGUUUAAGAGAAGAAAGAUUCUUUCUCACACCAGCAUUGAGUAAAACGUUCAAUGAUGACUGGGGCAAAGAAGCUUAUACUUUUCUUUCACAGUGGAGGAAAGACAAGCAACUUUCUGAUGCUGAAAUAGUAGAGCAGGCAGCGAAUGGAAUAAUUAUCGAAGGAAAGCAACUAGGUAAACACUACAUAUCGCAACAUUCCGACUACGACGAAGAAGAAGUCAUACUUCCUCCAGCAACAGCAUUUACCAUCAUGCAAGUCAAGAAAACCACAACCAAAACUUAUGUUUAUUUGAAACUAUUCAAUCAUCUUGAUGAUCAUUAUUAUGAUCGUCAUUAUUUGCAUCCUUUACCAGCUGCAGCAUCAUUGAGUCAGUUGUGGGUGACCUCGUCUUCGGCAGAUGAGCUUCGCUGUGACGAAAGUGAAAUGUCAUCUGGUGCCAUGAAACAUCUAGGAGAUAGAUGA